GCCGCCUACGUGUGUCCGCAGGGUAUGCUGUCCAGGGCAGGCCAGAGGAGCGCCUCUGUAAACUGCGGCUCCGACGGGUGGACGCAGCUGGACCCGACUUUCGCUUGCUUUAAUUCGUGCCUCAGCCACCCCCCUGAAGGGCCGGCGCGGGUUUCCAGCAACUACACGGGCGGGCGCGUUGAAGGGACACGGGUGGAGUACACGUGCCAGGCUGGUUUCUACGAUCCGGGAUCCGCUUCGCCUCCCACUUCGGUCACUUCCAUCUGCGAGGGAGGACGCUGGACACGCGACAAGCUGCCAUACUGCGGAGGUAAGUGGGACCACGCUCUCCGGGCAUGGCUGUAUGUCAAGGGAAUUAUAAAUGAAUGGAUAUAUUCAUAUAUAAUGUAUAUUCUGUUGGUGGGCAUAUAUGAUGUAUCGUGAUUAAACAGUGAAAAAAGAAAAUAUUCUGCAAUAUACGAUCCACCGCUAAAUUAACCAUAAUAGAUUUUGCCAUUGAAACCUUUAGAACAGAACUUUUGCAAAGUCGAGAUCGAGGAUUCAUUCGAGAGGCUGUGUGCCGUUGGCAGGUUGGUCAGGUUCGCUGCCUAGGAGAGGUUUUCGAAUCAUGGCGCGGCAGAGGGCGGGGGAACGCAGAUCAUUUUGAGAAACUUCCUGUCGCAAUUAAAAAUGGUUCCAAAAUCACUAGGCUUUAUGUACUUCUUAUAGAAAAUGCAAUUAAAGUUUUUUUCCCUCACUGUACGAAUUUGAAUAAUCAGCCAUGAUCUGUUUUAAAUGUUUUCAAACUCAUAAUUUGGUAUAAAGAAAGCUUCCCUUUCAAAUUUUAGCGUAGUUUCCCAGUCGCAGUUUAGAUCCUUUAUUGAACAUGAAAAAACAAAUGCUCUACUAGCGCUGCUUGACCGAUUUGCUGAUAGCCGAGUGAUCCGAAAUGAAUGCUAAAUUUCGUUUUGUAUGUACAUACUGUGCAUAGUAUGGCUGAUGCAGUCCACGGUAAUUAUAUGUGUUAGAGUGAGAAUGUAUGUUCCAUUCAUGUAUGAUAAUUGUGUAUGAAUUAUAUAAUAAAUUGUUUGUCAUAAGAUUUUUUAAAUGUCACAACCCUUCAAUAUCUACCUUAAAAUUACAAAGCGUAUACUUUUGUAUAAUUGUACCAAAUACUGUGCAUACGAUUUACUUGAUACUAAACACUUGAAAUAUUCUCCCAAAUUGCAGAGAAAAUUAGAAGGGUGAAUUGAAAAUAGCAUUAGUUCUGAAAGGCAGCUAAUAUACUCUCUCCCUCCACGAUCUUUCU